AUGUUGAUUGAAACAUUUUUCCGUGUUAAACGUGAUGAAACGGAAGAUAUUAGUGUACAUGUGGCCAAACUGCCAAAGUUAUUUGUGGACCUGAACGAUGAAUUAGCAAAACAUGAAGAAAAUACGCUAUCUGAAAGAAUCUUAAAUGGUCGAAUUUUGUCUACACUGGGAAAAGACUACGACAAUUUUAAGGAUCUCUGGGAUACGAUACCGACAGAAAAGCGAAGCUUGAAUUUAUUGAUUGAAAAACUCUUUACUAUUGAACUUCGUGAACAAGACAUUAAUGGAAGUGCUUUUGUCGUUUCUAAAACAAGAAAACGGCAAACAAGUAAUCAGCAAGUAAAGAUGACGAAGUCACAAUUAAAAGAGAAGUUUCCGUGUAAUAUAUCCAAACAAUUAGGUCACUGGGCAGCAGAGUGUCCACAGAACACUCGUGACAGCAAUAAAAGAAAAGAGAAGAAGCGAGAAAGUGAAGACGCUGCAUUUACUUCAUAUGCUAUGGGUGUGUGUACCAGUAAUCACAGCGACCCAAAUAAAUGGUAUUGCGACAGUGGCGCUACAAAUCAUAUCACUCCCAACAAACAGUAUUUUGUUUCGUAUAGUGAAUUUGAUGUUCCUCAAGUCAUUUCAUUGGGAAAACAAGAUGUCAAAAUGUGUGCGUACGGUCAAGGAACAGUUUACAUCCAAAUUCGACGAAACAAUAAAUGGUACAAUGCUAGAAUGGACAAUGUUUUGUAUGUCCCUGAUGCAAGUUGUUCGAAAACAAGUCAGUGGCAGUAUUGUUAUGACAUGUUAUGUGAAAAAUGGACUUUAUGUGUUGAACAUGCGUGUUGUUAG